UAUCUGAAUUUAGCUUCACAUGAUCACACCAAUUCUACUUCGUUUAGCCUUUUAUCUGAUCUAGCAGAAGUCUCUGUUUUGAAGGAACUUGACUUUUACUCAUGCACCGUUUUGACUUCUCUGAUUCCGUUGAGUGAGUUCUCGGAAGCUGCAGUGAUGAAGAAGUAUGGAGUGAAGCCAGAUGCUGAAACCCUUGACAUUGCCAACACUGCCGCUAGGCAGAAAUCUGUAAGCUUCUUCUUUCCCUUUUUUUUUUGGAUGGAUGAAUCUCUCUUCAAAGCCUUGUCAAACGCUAACCGUGGCCUUGGUGGCCUUAAGAGGAUGAUAAUGGGAAGUGUAAGCAACCACGUUGUGAACAACGUCGCAUGCCAUGUUACCGCCGUGAAGGCUCACCACUGAGCUCUGUUUUGAUAUUGCUCGGGGAACCUGAUAACCGGUGUAUGUCCUAAGAUUUGUGUAUCGUAAUCUGUAUUCUCAACUCUUGUGUGACUUGCAUCAUUGUGCAUAAAAAAUAAAGUUUUUAAGAACCUCAAAGAGGUUCUGC